AUGAAGUGCCAGUGGACGGAAGGGGAAGACAAAGCGCUUUAUGAGCUUGUAAAUGGGAAUCCGGCAGGAAAUAUUUGGCGACGAGCAGCGGAAAUAUUGAACAAUGGUAAAGACGCUAAACAGUGCCAUGAUCGGUAUGAAAUCAUUCGCUUGAAUACGCUUUGA